UUCGGUGAAAAAGGGUGUAAUUUUGAGUAGUAAUUGGUGCAAAGAAUCUACAUCUGAGGACAUUGCGUGUUUGUCAGAAAAAUCUUCCAUUUCUGGCAAAUUUAUACCAAAAUCACCAGCUACAAGAGCUACCCGUCGCAGCCUUCGAAAUGCAGACAGUAAUCAGUUAAAAAUUAGCACCUUGUUUACAUUAAAAAGGAGUAGAAGUUCAGAAGGAAAUGAAGAACUUAAAACUAAAAAGCAAAAGGUAGGUAAUGCAACUGAAAGUAUUGUUGAUGAAAAUAAUCAAGUUCUUAAAGCAAGUGAACAUGAUGAUGAUUGUAAAGAAGAAAAUGGGUCUAACAGUCAUAAAAAUGAACAUAAUGACAUACAUAGUAAUUUCAAAGAUGACAGUGCAAAAAAAAUGGAAGAGACAUUUAAAGAAUCUGUGGACUUGAUAGUGACAGAAGUUUACCAGAAGACGAUCAAUUUACUUAUUGAAAGUAACACUGUUGGCAAUUAUCAUAAUGAAAAACAUGACAUGGACAGUGAAACCUCUGAAGAGGGUAACAAUAGUACAAACACCAGCCCAAAAACAGAUGAAAAUCAUGGAAACAGUACAUCAGAUAAUUUAAGUCAGCAUCAAUUAAACCAGAAUGAAAAUGAGAACAAUAUACUUAAAAAAACAGAAUCAGAAGAUUUCAAUUCCAAUAAUGUUAAAGCAAACGUUCCUGACAAUGAACAAUGUGAUAUUUGUGGGCAAUUUGUGUAUAAUUCAGACAUAAUAUAUUACCAAGGACACCCACAAGAUGCUGUAGAAGAAUUCAUUGCAUUGACUAAUGAGAAAUUAGUUUUAUCUGCGGGUGACGAAGGUGACAUUAUGGAAAGACCUCAAACAAACAUAACUAGCUUUUCAAUUUUUGACCAACAUGGUCACUUAUGCCCUAUAGAUGGAGGUCUUAUCGAGAACGAUGUUCGCAUCUACAUGUCAGGGUAUUUGAAAUCAAUUUGUGCAGAUUCUCCUGAGAUUGAUGAGGAGUCUAUACCUGUUAAAGAUGUUGGUCCUAUCAUUGAGUGGUUUAUCCACGGUUUCGAUGGCGGCGACAAAAACUGCAUUACCCUUUCAACUGAAUUUGGAGAAUAUAAUCUAAUGAAACCUAGUGUAGGGUACGCACCUCUUAUGAACAAUUUGUAUGAGAAAAUAUGGUUAAGUAAAACUGUUGUAGAAUAUUUAGAAGAGUAUCACUACCUGCAACCUACAUAUGAAGACUUGCUAGAAGUUGUUAGAGAAGGAACUAUUCCAGACCUUGAUGAUAAGAAGAUGAGUGAGGAAAUGCUCCAUAAACAUGCACAAUUUGUUUGUGACCAAGUAGUCAGCUUAGAAGCUGAUGAAGAUGACGAUCCACUUAUAACAUUACCAUGUAUGCGGGAACUUAUUAAACUAAUGGGAAUCAGAUUUGGGAAACGUAGAGCACGCGCUAAGAUUAACUAUAAGAAAGUCGAUAAAAAAGCUUGGACCAAAGCCACCACUACAUCGUUAGUGAGAAAAACUUUUGAAAGUUUCUUCACUCAUCAGUUGGAUAAAACAAAUCACGAGCUAGUAUUAAGAAGAAAACGCUGUGGCAUAUGUGAAGCAUGCCAAUUACCAGACUGCGGCGAAUGCAAAGCUUGUCGAGCUAUGGCUAAAUUCGGUGGACAUGGGCGCACGAAAAAGGCUUGUGUUCGCCGAUUCUGUCCCAACAUGGCUGUGCAGCAGGCUAAUGAUUCAGAACCUGAAGAUGACGAUGAAUAUCAACAAGUAGUAGAAAAGAAAGUUCAUGAAAAAGUGGAUGAUUCAGUCCCAGUAAAAUUGAUUGGAACCAACAGAAAUAUACAAUGGCUUGGUGAGCCUAUAAAAGCAGAUGCCACAAAAGUUUACUACGGGAAAGUGAAACUUGAUGGUACGGAAUUCCAAAAUGGAGAUUAUGUAAUGGUAGAAACUUCGCAAGCGAACAUUCCCGCGUUGGUGGCACGAAUUGUAUAUAUGUGGCAAGAUACAGUCAAUGCAAAAAUGGAAUAUUUCCAUGGAGAAGUAUUUAUAAGAGCCAUAGAUACUGUGUUAGGCGAAGUAGGAGACCCAAGAGAAGUAUUUUUAGGAGAUAAAUGUUGUCACGCUGCUCCACUAUCAUCUAUAUUGCGCAAAGCGUAUGUUGAAAAAAGAAUAGUGCCCAAAGACUGGUUUAAACUUGGUGGCAAAGAAGUUAGUGGCGAAAUUUUUGAAGACGACGGUAAAACCUACUUCUAUAACAAAUACUACGAAAGGUUUACUGCGCGCUUUGAAGAUCUUCCCGAAGAUCCCUUUUGUCCCAAUGAGUUACGAAAACAUAGAUUCUGUCCUUCGUGCGAACGUAAAACGAAACGCGAUGCUCAAAAUAUUCCAAAAGUAUUAGGCAAGCUUGAGGUCAAUUCUGAUAUUGUUACAGAAGCUAAUAGAACAGAGUGGACUGUGGUGAAAUGGCAAAAUCAUGAGUACAAGAAAGGACAAGGAGUUUUCCUGAAACCAGGAACAUUCAAACUGAAGAAUAGUCUGCUUAAGAACAACAAUAACAGUACUAAAAUAAAAUUAGAAAAGGUGGAUGAAAACAUAUAUCCUGAAUAUUAUCGUAAAAGCGACAAUAACUUACGAGGUUCAAAUAUUGACACCGAAGAACCAUUUUGUGUGGGAUACAUUGCUGCAGUUACUGCAAAGGGCGAAGGGCAACUUAUAGCUCCCCAGGAUAUUUAUUUAAAAGUGAAUGUUUUGUAUAGACCGGAAAACACUACAAGCAAAUACCCUCAACAUGAGGAUCUCAAUAUUCUGUACUGGACUGAUGAAAUCAGAGAAGUACCUUUUUCUGCCGUCGUUGGAACUACACAGAUCAUUUACGAAAAGAAUAUCCCAGACCAAAAUUCCAUUCACGAGUGGCUAGAAAAAGAUCCUACCAGGUUUUACUUUAGAAUGGCUUUUGAUAAAAGAUCUGGUGAAUUUGUUGAUGUGCCACAUCAUGCCACUUGCAUAGGACGUAUAGAUAAAGGUAAAGACAAAGGUAAAGGUAAGGGAAAAUCCAGCAAGCCUCAGGAGGUCAAUAACCCAAAAAUUGAAGAGAAAAAAAUAAAGCCACUGAGAACGUUAGACGUAUUUGCUGGAUGUGGUGGUUUGUCUGAUGGACUACAUCAAGCUGGUAUAGCCGAAUGUCGAUGGGCCAUUGAAAAUUUGGAAGCUGCAGCUCACGCCUACUCUAUAAAUAAUAAGGGUUGCACAGUUUUUAACGAAGACUGCAAUGCAUUAUUGAGAGAUGCUAUGUCUGGAGCUACUCACAGCGCCGGUGGUUUACGCAUACCCAUGCAAGGAGAAGUUGAACUCCUUUGUGGUGGCCCACCUUGUCAAGGAUUUUCUGGUAUGAAUAGGUUCAAUUCCAGAGAAUACUCAAAUUUUAAAAAUUCCUUAGUGGCAUCAUAUCUUUCCUUUUGUGAUUAUUACCGCCCAAAGUAUUUCAUACUCGAGAAUGUUCGCAACUUUGUUGCUUUCAAGAAGGGAAUGGUUCUCAAGUUGACACUUAGAACGUUGUUGGAUAUGGGGUACCAGUGUACGUUCGGCAUCUUGCAAGCGGGUAACUAUGGGGUGCCACAAACGCGUAGGAGACUUAUAAUUUUAGCAGCAGCUCCUGGAUACAAACUGCCAUUCUAUCCGGAGCCAACUAAUGUGUUCAGCAGACGGGCAUGCUCUUUGACCACUACAAUAGACGGUAAAAGGUUCAUGUCAAACAUUCAAUGGGACGAAUCGGCACCUAGACGAACCUGUACUAUACACGACGCCAUGAGUGAUCUGCCGGAAAUAAGCAACGGGGCUAACAAGAUCGAAAUAGAGUACGGCUCCAUGCCCGAAAGCCACUUCCAGCGAAUGGUCAGAAGUAAAGACGAGACGGCUAAAUUGCGAGAUCACAUUUGCAAAAACAUGGCACCAUUAAUACAAGCUAGAAUCUCAAGAAUCCCGGCCACCGCCGGAUCUGACUGGAGAGAUUUGCCCAACAUAUCCGUUACUCUAUCGGAUGGAACCAAGUGUAAGGUGUUGCAGUACCGUUACGACGACAAGAAGAACGGGCGGUCGUCAACCGGCGCAUUGCGCGGCGUUUGCGCAUGCGCAGCGGGCGCCCCGUGUCAAUCGGCUGACAAGCAGGAGAACACGCUCAUUCCUUGGUGCCUGCCACACACCGGUAACAGGCACAACAACUGGGCCGGCUUAUAUGGGCGCGUGUCGUGGACGGGCUACUUCAGCACGACGGUGACGGAUCCCGAGCCGAUGGGCAAACAGGGCCGCGUGCUGCAUCCGGCGCAGCACCGCGUCGUGUCGGUGCGCGAAUGCGCGCGCUCGCAGGGCUUCAGAGACACCUACCUCUUCGCCGGCUCUGUGCAGGACAAGCACCGCCAGAUCGGGAAUGCUGUACCACCACCACUAGGAGCAGCAUUGGGCCGUGAAAUAAAGAAAGCACUUGUAGACAGCUUAGUUUCUUGAUAUAUUAUAUUCUUACUAUUACAUAAUGGGCGUCAAAAAUCAUGUCCGUACACUAUAAUAUUUUUACUAUUCGUACCUUUAAGAUAAUGAAAUCGUCA